ACUUGCGCGUAUCAAUCGGCCAUUGUAAUUUCCGUAAAUUUUCGCUCGCUACCGGUUCACGGCUCGUCGUAAGCGGAGCACCGCGCUCCCAAAAGUUCUCGUCGCAAAAAAAAAGGAAGGGAAAAAAAUGAGUAAACAUCAUUCGCACGAGAUAAGCGAACAUCCGGAGGUCCAGUGGGCUCUGGAUCUGCUCAAGCCAGAUCCCACUUACGAUCCUGGCGUGACCCAGUACACGGCGGAAGUAGUAUGCAUGGGAUUCGGCUUCUCCGUUCCGUCGCUCAACAAUUAUCUCAAUAGCAGGCCGUUUUACGCCGGUGAGUGUCAGCUCGGUUUUUCCCCACCUCUCGAAAUCGCAAAAUCGCUGGAUUUCUCGCUAUCACGGCAAACCUAACCUAACCUAACCUCACGACGCGGUUAUGUAACAAUAAAUCGAUUUUGCGAUCAUUAUAUUUUCCUUUCCUUUUCGUGUUUUCAUUCGAGCAAGAAAAUUCUCGCCGAUAUGAUUUUAAAAAAAAAGGGAAAAGGAAAGGAAAAAAUACAUAUUUAACUACAGAUUAUUGACCAAGUGAAAUCUGGGGGAAAAAAAAAGAAAAAACAUUAAUACACAAGUAAUCUAUAGAUAUACUCUUAUACAAAAUGAUUGGUCUAACGCGUACGUCUAUAGAUUACCUGCAUAUUAAAUAUUAAAUAUGAAUCUAA